CGACUUUCGAUUUGCCGCGCGGUUCGUCAAAUUUCGGCGCCAAUCCUCUGAAAUCGAAAGCAAGAGAAAUGCGGCCAGCCAUUUCACCGAUCAACGGCCUCCUUCUCGCCGGCGACGGAGACGUUGAAGACGAAACCGAUUGCGGCGGAGAGUGGGCUCGGGCCGGCAUGGAGGACGAGGAUGGUCUCCCUUCAUUUCGGCUCCUCGACUCGGAAGACAUGGGAGGCUCGAUUGACGAUGUCGAGGACGGUGGCGACGGAGCCGAGAGUUUUUCAUCAAGCUUCUAUAAGAGCGGGACAGAUUGGUCUCGCCUGAGACUGGAGCAGGAGGAUGGUGAAAGUAAGAGUCUGAUGUUUGGAAUUGCGAGUGCCAAUGGUGGAACGUCGUCGGAUAGGAAGAUGAAGCAAACGAGUCUGCUCCAUAUGUGGGGAUUGAAGAGAAAAGAGGCCAGUGAUGAUUCCUCGCCUUCGCUUUCUGCAGUGAAGAAGAGAAAGGAGGCGGCUUCGGGGGAGACCCCGGGGAGCAGCCAUUCCAAAAGAUCAAAGCUUUUCUCCAUGAGAACGAGGAUGAAUAAUGAAGCUUCAACGACUCGGCCUCGAGCUUGCCCCUUCUACAAGAGAAUUCCAGGGACGCCGUUCACUGUGGAUGCGUUCCGAUAUGGUAGCAUUGAGGGUUGCUCAGCAUAUUUUCUGACCCAUUUCCAUGCUGAUCACUAUGGUGGCCUCAGCAAGGGAUGGUCACAUGGUCCCAUCUACUGCACCCCUCUCACUGCUCGCCUAGUUAGAAUGUGUCUCUCGGUCAAUCCAUCAUGGAUACGUACUCUGGAGUUUAAUGAAGAACGUGUGAUCGAGGGAAUAAAAGUAACUUUACUAGAAGCGAAUCAUUGCCCAGGUGCGGCUCUGAUUCACUUCCGGCUCUCGAAUGGACAGUGUUAUCUGCAUACUGGAGACUUUAGAGCUUCCAAAUCUAUGCAAGCGUAUCCUCUCCUUGUAAAACAGCGAGUCAAUGUCCUCUACCUGGAUACAACAUAUUGCAAUCCAAAAUACAAGUUCCCUUCUAGAGAAGAUGUAUUAAAUUAUGUCGUUAGAAUUACCAAGAAACAACUCAUGACACAGCCCAGGACCCUUGUUGUUGUUGGUGCAUAUAGCAUUGGAAAAGAACGGGUUUACCUCUCUAUUUCACAGGCACUAGGGGUAAAAAUUCACGCAACUGCAUCACGGAAAAGAAUUCUGCAGUCGUUUGAGUGGCCUGAACUUUCCAAUAGGAUUUGCUCUAAUCCAACGGACACGUUGCUUCACGUUUUGCCCAUAUCCUCCUUGCGGUUUGAAAGCCUCAGUAAUUAUUUGAAGACAUACAAGGAUCAAUAUGUAGCACUUUUGGCCUUCCGUCCCACCGGAUGGACCUUCUCUGAGGCUGUGGGCAACCAGUUGGAUCUGAUUAGACCUACCUCGAAAAGCAAUAUUACAAUCUACGGGGUUCCUUAUAGUGAGCACUCCAGCUUCACUGAAUUGAGGGAGUUUGUUCGGUUCUUACGGCCAGAAAAGAUAAUUCCUACAGUGAAUGUUGGGAAUCCUUCAAAUCGAGAAAAGAUGCAAUCGUACUUCCGCCAAUGGCUGGCAGAGAGAUGAAUAACAUGAGUUUAGUGCAUGAUAUGAAUCCUCAUUGGCAUGUCUCUUUUCUCCAAGAUAGAUGGAAGCAUCCAUGCAACCUGAUUUGCUGAUUGAAUCAUUCUUCAAUGAGGAGCAGAUUCACUGCUCGAUCAGUGUGCACUUCAAUUUUUUCCUGGUUUUCGGUGUUGCGCAGCAGAGUCAAGAUUGCAGCAAAUCAUUGCAGAGAGCUCAGAAUCCAGAUCUGCAUAACCUUUUAAAACACUUCAUUGAAAAAUUAUGAGAAGAAUCCGGAUAGUCCAUUCAUAGAUCAGGAGAAACAGAAGCUUUCUUCUCCGGUACACUGUUCUCUAUACCUUACUGUUGUAUGUACAUUUAUCAACAGAGAUACCAUAUAGAUUAGUGAAUGUCUCCUUGCUCGAUCAGAAGGUUCAGAUAUAGGAAAUGAUACUUUAUGCAAUAUCUCUUGUUAAUUGAUUCUCGAAUGAAAUUUCAAGCAGUUUUUUUUUUUU